CCCAACGGCCACUGCAAGCUCUCAACCAAACGCUCGCAUCCAUACAGGUCGGGAACGUUGCAAGUAAAAAUCAUGUCAUCCACAGAGACCGAGAAUGUCCUGGUUGGCGUCAUCGGUGGCAGUGGACUGUACCACCUGGACAACCUCACGUUGUUGAAGCACGUGAACCCGGAGACUCCAUGGGGUUUCCCUAGCUCGCCUAUCGCGAUCUGCAGCCUCCCUUCUGGCACCAAGGUAGCAUUCUUGGCCCGCCACGGUCCCGGACACACCAUCUCGCCAUCCACGGUGCCCUCGCGCGCUAACAUCGCCGCACUCAAGUCUCUCGGCGUGCGCGCGAUCGUCGCGUUCUCCGCAGUCGGCUCCCUGCGCGAGGAGUGCGCCCCAGGCGACUUCGUGCUCCCGACGCAGAUCAUCGACCGCACGAAGGGCAUCCGCCCCGCGAGCUUCUUCGACGGCACCAGCAUCGUCGCGCACGCCGCGUUCGGCGACCCCUUCGCGAACCGCCUCGUGCGUUGGCUCGAGGGCCGCGUUAAGAAGGUGCUCGAGGCGGCGAGCGAGGAGGAGUUCGCGGUGGCUGGGGUGCGCCCGCAGACCCACACGGACAAGACCAUCGUGUGCAUGGAGGGCCCGCAGUUCUCGACGCGCGCGGAGAGCAAGAUGUACCGCCAGUGGGGUGGGGACGUCAUCAACAUGAGCGUCCUCCCCGAGGCGAAGCUUGCGCGCGAAGCCGAGCUUGGGUAUGCCCUCAUCGCUACUGUCACCGACUACGACUCGUGGCGCGAGAACGAGAACCCUGUCACCGCGGCUGAGGUGUUCAAGACCCUCCACGCGAACGCAAAGCUGUCCCGCCACGUCGCUGCUGCGGUCCUCGAAGACCUCAACGCAGAGGCGGCUCAGGGCGAUCUCCUCACUGAGGAAAUCGGCUCGAUGAAGUUCUCGAUCAUGCCGCGUUCUGUGGAGCAGAAGGACGAGGAUAGGCAGAAGCUCAAGUACAUUCUCCCUACGUACUUCAACUGAGCGCUAUGAGUGGUGUGUUGAAGGAAGUUUCACAAGAUGUGUACGAAGAUUCGAUGUACAAGACUGGGCAUAACAAAUUCAGUGUCAACUUGAACGCAGGCGCUUCGUCCGAGGACGAGAAGAGCGCCUCGUCGGCAACACAGACCCCGGCUCGCUGCCCGCAUCGCGUGCCUCUGCAUCUUCCUCCGUAUCAUCGUCCAAAUCUGAGGGGAGCUCUAUGGGCUUUCGCUUUGAGCCAGUUCCCUUUUCAUUCGCCUUCUCCUCCUGAUUGUCUUUCGUUGACUUCUUCGGCGUCUUCGCUUUUGGUACGAAACCGCCCGCGUUUCGAGCGAGGCAGCGCACGAACUCUUCGUCAUACCCGACACAGGUCAUUUUGUACGUCCACAUGACCUGAAAAGCAGACCUCAGCAAAGAUAUCGUCAUGACUGGUAGCUUUCCUAGGUACUGCGUCCCCGUCAUCGAAAGCGCUCAUGAUAUUUUCCUCGGUCAUUGUGCUCCUGAUCUCCUUGAUGCGGGCCCCGGCGUC